UCACCGGAGAAUGGAAUGCCCGUACGGCCCAAGAUGGAGGGUGGUGCGGGCACGAGUACGUGAGCGCGGAGUGAAACAGUGAAAAUCGGGUGGAAAAUGCCGCGAAAACGGAACGGUGAGAUACCCCUGCCAGAUGGGUGGGACAUGGCGCGUGAUGUGGACGGAAAAAUCUACUUCAUCGACCAUACGACCAAGAAAACGACGUGGGUGGACCCGAGAGAUCGGUACACCAAGCCCCAGUCGUUCUCAGACUGCGUGGGCAACGAACUCCCACUCGGAUGGGAGGAGGCCUACGACAAGAACAUCGGCGUCUACUAUGUCAACCACGUGACAAAGAGCACGCAAAUUGAAGAUCCCCGGGAAGAGUGGAGAAGGAUGCAGGAGACGAUGCUGAAGGAUUAUCUGAUCACGGCGCAGGAACACCUGCAGGCCAAGCGGGAAAUCUUCAACAUGAAGCAGGAGCGGUUAAAAAUCGCUCAGGAAGAGUAUCUGCAUCUGAACAAUGCCAUGACCAACCUGAGCACGUCCAAAACCAGCGUGUACUCACACUCGAGUCAGGGCAGCGUCAGCACCAAGUACGACCCCGAGUCGCUCAAGGGGGACGUGGUGGCGGCGCGCGGCCGCGUCCAGAACCUGCGCGUCGAGCUGGAGCGCAUGCGCACCGAGAUGGUGUUCCGGGAGCGGGGCGUGGAGACUCUGGCCCAGGUCGAGCUGAAGAUGACUUCGCUCCGGUCACCGUACACGGUGCCGGAGGCGCAGGCCAUCAUCGAGGAGCUGACCAACAUCGACCGGUCGCUGACGUCGGGCGAGCGCGAGAAGAAACAGCUGCUGCAGUGUCUGUCGCAGCUGAAGCAUGAGCUGCAGCGGCUGCAGCCGGCCGAGCCCGGCCUGGACGACGCCGCCGACGCGCUAGCCGCCGCCCAGAAGCUCAGCAUCGCCUCGCAGACGGAUCUUUCCGGAGACGUGCGGCCGAUCGGUGCGCGUCUCGCCGAGGUGGCGCGACUCCGGCUCCAGUACGAGGAGUCGCGCAAGCAGGUGCAGACGAUCCAGCACCAGCUGGCCGACAUCGAGGACCGCCUGCAGCCGGAGCAGACGGAGUCGGACAAGGACAGGCUGCUGCUGAUCCAGGAGAAGGAGCAGUACCUGCGCGAGCUGCAGCGGCUCGCCUCGUGCCAGCGCUCGGUCGAGGAGGCGGACAACAUCCAGAGUCGUAUCUACCGGCUGCAGAUCGAUAUCCAGGAGGCCAUGGAGAUGUCCAACACGAUCAUCGCCGACCGGCUGCGUUUGUACGAGGACCGGCAGUCGCUGCUGACGGGUCUGCGCGACGCCAUGACGCGCAUGGUCCAGCUGGAGACGCAGCUGCGCAGCUCAGCCAGCAGCCUCAGCAUCAGCAGCAGCAGCAGCCUGGGUAGCCUCAGCUCGCACGCCAGCAGCCUAUCCAGCCUCAGCUUCACCGACAUCUACGGCCUGCCGCAGUACGCGCCCGAGCCGGCCGCCGCCGCCUCGGGCGUCGACAUGGCGUCGUUGCAGCGCCGUGUCGAACGCCUCCUGCAGGCUAGCGACGACAACCUGCAGCCGGCCUCGCUCAGCCCGCGCUCCUCGCUCGAGUCCGUCUCGCCGCCCGUCUCGCCGUUCGAGGCGGGCGCGCCGCCGCCGGCGUACGAGCCGGUGGCGGGCGAGGAGGCGGCUGGACCCGAGCCGCCGCUCUCGCCGAUCCUGGAGGCCGAGCUAGACGCGGCGGGCGUCGAGCUGCGCUCCGUCUCGGCCGCCGUCUCCAACGAGUCGGUGGCCGGCGACUCGGGCGUGUUCGAGGCGAGCAGCCGCCGCCUGCUGGCCAGCCUGGAGACGGCGCAGCUGCAGGUGCGCCUGCGCUACGCGCUGGCCGACGGCCUGCUGUACGUGGGCGUCGAGAGGGCGCGCAACCUGUCAGCGCUCGCCGUGCCCGAGGGUCUCGCCGUCUAUGUCAAGGUGGCGUUACUGCCCAACCCGCCGGCCGGCUUCUUCGCCUGCUGCACGCACGCCGUCCGAGAGCUAGAGCGACCUACGUUCGGCGAGGUGUUCCCCUUCCCCAUCCAGCCGGAACGGCUUGUCUCCAAGUCACUCAAGAUCAACGUGUGGACGGCCGAAGAGCCCGACCAGACGUGUCUCGGCAGCACGCAGGUCAGCCUGGCCGAGUUCAGCGCCAACGAGACGUCGCUCAAGUGGUAUAACGUGGUGGCGCAGCCGGACUCCCCGCGCCCCUCCCACUUCCAUCUGGGGUCUGACGCCCUGACCAUUGGCGAGCCAGCGGCGGCGGCGGCGGCGGCGACCGACGCGCGCGACGAGCCGGCGCCGCUCGCCUCGCAGGCCUCCACGCUGACGGGCGAGGCGCUCGAGUGCGCCCUCGAAGACAUGUCGCUGCAGGAUAGCGGCAUGGCGCUGUCGGCCGACACCGAGGACAAGGAGACCAACACUGAGUGCGUGUUCGGACCGGACCGGUCGGCGCGCGCCGCCGCCGCCGGUGGUGCCGCCUGCGCCGGCGCCCGGCCCAAGGCCGCCACCGUCAAACGCUCGCAGACGUUCUCGCCGAGCGCGGCCGUCAGCAAGAGCCAGUACGUGUGCCGGCUGAACCGGUCCGACUCGGACUCGGCGAUCCCGACGGUGCGGCGCGGCGCCAGCUUCCUGCGCGGCGCCGCCGAGCGGCGCUCGCUGCGCUGGAAGCUGGCGCCGACGGCGGCCGCGCCCGCCACCCGCCGCCGCUCUCAGUCGAUGCGGCUCCAUAGCCGCACCUCGCUCGACCUCGAGCUCGACCUCAAGGCGCAGCAGAUGAAGCUGCAGAACAUGCACGAAGAGCUGAGUAUCCUGCGCUCGCUCAAGGACAAGAUGGAGGAGGUGCGCGAGGCGCCGGAGAAGCUGCGCGAGAGCGACUUCGUGGCAGCCGUCAUACGGGAGCUGGAGCGGACCUCUCCGUGCGACUCGCCGCAGACGCCCGAGGACAAGCGCGUGGAGAAGUUGAUGCGCAAAACCUCCAAGGACGUGUACAAGCUGAGGAGGAGCAAGUCCGGCACGCCCGGCAAACCCGACAUGGAGGCCUUCAAGUGA